UGUAUUUAACUUCCGGUCACAUGUCCAAAACGCCUGAAACUUGACAUGCGAACCAGCCAUUAUUGAUCAUACAAAUAUAAUACCAUAAAAUGAUAUUCGGUGUCAUUCAUUCAUCGCGUUUCUUGUACAUCUUAUAGCAGACGAAUUGAAUUCAGUCGUGUUUGUGUGAAAUGAUGGACAAAGACAAGCGUGGCGACAAUCUUGACCAUAGCAAUUGGAUGGAGAUGCACCAGUUCAUCGGGGACCUCCUGAUGUCAUCUGGGAGCUCCGCGAAGGAGCAGCCAGACAUCAUGAACGUGUGGAGCAUGUUAGGAGGCGACACGCUCAAACAAGCCCGAUCGAUGCACGACAAGACCGAGGCGGCGCUGAGGAAAAACACAACAAAAGACCACACGCGCCAUGUCUGCACCUGCCCCGGCUGCCCGUACUCCUCUCCCAGACAACCCUCGUCCUCGCUUCCACAUUCUUUGGAGGCUCCAAAAGAGCCAAAUGCAUCCUCCACCAGCACCAGUGAUCCUCUCCCACCUGACAGUUGCCCUGGACAUGGGGGUCCAUCUGAGAGCAGGCCCAACCCUGAAACUCUUCCCUCCGAACAGUCUUCUUUGAACCAGUUCUCGUCCAUGUUCCCUUGCUCUCCCUUCUGUCACACGCACCACCACUUCCACCACCACCACUGCCCUAUCAGCACGUGCCUGCCGUACCCGCAACCUUCCUUUUCCUGCCUGGCGUCUUUGCAGUCCUGCCUGCAUCAACGCAGGCCCGAGGAGCGCGGUCGCCCGUCGACGGCUCCAUUGUCGCACCCCUGCAUGCACUGCUCGGCGUCCUUCUCCAGACCCUCGCAGCUGCUGCAGCAUCAGCGGGCCGAGCACGCCCAAAAGGCCUCCGGCUUCCUGUGCACACAGUGCGGUCGGACCUUCAACUCCCACAGCAACCUGCGCAUACACCUCCAUGUGCAUACCGGCGCCCGGCCGUACGCCUGCUCUGAAUGCGGCAAGGCAUUCAGUCAGUCGGGCGCGCUCAAGAUCCACAGGCGGAUCCACACAGGCGAAAGACCGUACUCUUGCGACUUCUGUGGGAGGGGCUUCCCCCAUCUGGCAGGGGUCCGAGCCCAUCAGAGGAUCCACACCGGGGAAAAACCUUACCGCUGCAACCAGUGCGGCAAGUGCUUCACCCAAUCCUGAGCCCUCAAGAUUCACAUCCGCAUUCACACCGGCGAGCGGCCGUUCGUCUGUAACAUCUGCGGAAAGGCCUUCUCCAACCGCUCCGGCAUCCGCUUCCACAAUCAAACGGUCCACGGUCUAGACCCGGAACUGGCGGGGCCCACCAGGGUGGCGCUCGGGCGUCCUCGGGCUUAUCCGCCUGCUAAUCUGAACACGCCUCAAAGCCCUGAUGGCAACACUUCAUCGCCGACACUGAGUCAGCCUGGAUUGACGGUGCCCGGUGGGAACGCCGGCAAGUGUCCGACAGAGGGAGAGAGCGCACGGCUCAGUUACGAGUGUGAGGACUGCGGCCUGCGUUUCAAAGAUGCGCCUUCACGGAACACACACCAAACUCUGGCGCACUAUUCUGUGGAGGAGGUGGAGGCUCUCAAAGAUGGAAGCACAAAUGAAGGUGUCACCCAUGACAGUGGGGAAUAGGUUUUGCUUUUGCGGUAUGACACACUAAAUGGCUGCCAAAAUAUAUUAUGUUACAAAACACAAAUUACAGUAUUAUUGCUUGACCUUCCACAGUAGAAUACAUAAUUAUAUGUUGUUACAACAAUUAGAAUUUGAACUCAAAUGCCAGUGAAAUUAAUGGAAAGGAAAUUUUACUAUAAAGUGUGGUAGUAGUACUCGGGCUCCCUCUAGUGGUCUUUAAAAGUCAUUGAAUUAAUUUUUCAAACUGCAUAAUGUUGCGGUGGCUUCAACGUUGCAAAAUCCAGUUCAGUGAAUUUAUUAAAUGCUUUUGAAGUCUUAUACAACCUUUCAAUAUAAUGAUUUGCAUUUAUUAAUUUUUAAAUGUUUCUCUUUAUUGGCGUAUAUUGGUCAAAUCGCUUUUAAUGUAUGUGGAAUACUUUUACAUCAGUUUAUCCUAAAGUGCUUUUUAAUUCAUUUAUUUGUUUAGAAUUGUGCCUUACAAAUAAAAUGUUAGUCUGCAAACGACACUACAAUGACCUUCAG